AUGUUUACACAGAUGUUGACAGUGGUGAGUGAUGAUGCACUGAAGGAUAUUGACCCGAUAAUAUUAUGUGGCUGGGAGGAAGCACAAUUGCACAUGUCCCCGAUGAUCUGUUGCCAUUUUCUACGUAAUCGGCUCGGAGUUCGUACAGGCAUGUACAAGGAGGUUAUCAAGAAUUGUACCAAGUUACUGAAGAACAGUACUGAAAAUUUAGGGUGGUACUGUACCAAGGUGACGGCUUCGGAGGACGGUGAUGCUUAUACUAUUGAGUGCGACACUGCAAUUGGUGAUGAGCAAGAUAUCAAAAAUUUGCUGGUCGUCGUAGAGCUACAAGGCCGAGGAGAAGGAUGGUAA